AUCUUUGUGGGGUACUUUAACUAACAAGAUUAAAUCUUCUACAUUUUUUAUAUUUGAAAAUCUUUUAGAACCAAUAAAUAUAAAAGCAUCAUCUGAGACAGUUCUAAAAUGGAAAAGAUCUGAACAGACUAAAGUAUGUUAUAAGCAACUAUUUAAUGAGGUAGAAAACAAUUCUGAUGAGACUUAUAUGUCUCAAAUUUUAAAAAGAAUUUGGCCUAGUGGAGAUGCCUCUAAAGAAAAUAUAGCAUAUGCUAUAGCUAUAACACAAACUAUGCUUAAUCCCAAAUAUGACAAAAUAAUGAUGUCAGAUACUGCUGUUAAAAAUUUAAUUAAAAAAAAUUUAAUAUGUAUUUAUUAA